AUGAACAAGCAACUUUGCUGUUUUGUACCAGUACAGAAUAGAAUUGUUCUUAAUAGAUUUGACGAAAAAUAUGUUUCGAAUGAUAAAAUCGUUUACAUUGCUGUGAAAUGUAGGUCUGUAAUCGCUGUGUGGCAAGUUGAACGAAAACCGCGUAAUGAACUUAGUAAUAGCAUUCCUUUCUAUGGACUCAAGAUGCCAGUCCAGAGCAGUGUUUUAGUAUUGAAAAGAGUCUAUUUAAAAUAUAAACAAUUAUAUUCACAAAUAAGCAUACAGAUUGGUUACUGUUCCAUCAAAAAGAGUCGCUUCAAAAACCCAGCUUUAAAUUCAUUCAAAGCUGCCUCUUCUGCUAAAAUGAUGUGGUUACAAGAAGGGUUACAACUUUCAAUUUCCAUGUUUAAACACAAGCCUACGGUAGCACACCGAUUAUCACCUGCGUGGGAAAUAAAUUCACAAAAACUAAUAUUCAUGAAAGUGCUGCGCGGAAUUGUUAGUCAAGAUAAACGACCAAAUGAGGAUGUUUACUGGAGCUAUUUAAGAAUGUAUGCAGUACGAUUGUUGUCGGUUGCAAAUCGAAUAAAAUCCUUCGAAGAGGUCAGUAAUUCACUGUUCUACCGAAGGACACUACGCUUUAAUUUGGGAAAAGUUCGAGUGAUAGUAGCAUCUGCAAAACAGUGGACAUUUAAAAGAAGCGUGAACAACAAUGAAGACAAAGACUAUUACCAAUUUUUAAAAUUUUUCAAACCCAAAGUCGCUUCUUUUGAGACUAAUAUAUUUUACGUGAAUAAUUUUAAAUUGUUCAAUCAGAAGAAAGUCGUCACUUUCACUAAAGCUCAAGCGGGUGAUUUGAAAAAGUCGACAAUCUUGUAUGUAUUUUUUGUUCAGCUGGCUAAAAGACAAUCUAAAAAUGUUUGGCAUGGCUUUAUGCAUAAAUUUUGGAAAUUCAGCAGAGCAACUGUCACGUCAAAACUUGACAUUUAUCUGGAUAGUGGAUCACGUUCGGAAAACCAAGCCAAAACCGCUUCAAAAAUUACUUACAUUUUCGAGUUCUAUGAUCAAGUCAAAUUCUAUGUUAUGAUAAAAAAACCACUUUCAACAGUCGAUUUUGAGACAAAGUUGAAGCUGCAAGAUUUGAAACAGUGUAAAAUAAGGCGUAUGCAAGAGUUACACUUAAUACCUCCACCAGACUUUUUGAUUACUUAG